AUGUCUAAAAAUAAGAAGAUAGCUUUAAUAUUUGGUGGCUUUGUCACGGCUAUCGCUGCUGCCUUCUACCCCAUAUUUUUCUACCCGCUUACGCAUAAAGACGAAUACAGUAAGUGGCUAACUGCUUUCCUAAUGCUUAAGUUGCAUAAUGUGACUAUUCACGAUGACUAUUUGCUCUUGGUCGACUCUCUACAGUCCACAGUUGAACAUAUCAUCCUUUAUUUUACACUUGACGUGACCUAUGUCUGAGCUAUAGUUACAGUAUUAGCUUUGCCGUCUAUCUGGUGUUCCGGCGUGAAUUGUAACCCAGAUAAUCAGUAACCUCGACUCAAAUGUGUCGUGACAAGGCGCGUGAGGUCCAGCUGCUUUGACAACGACAACCGUUGACGUAUUCGGCUCAAAGUCGCCAUUUAACACGGUAACUCCAGGGCGCAGAACACCAACAAACAACCCGUCAAUUACUCUUUAUUUCUUAAGUUUAACUCACAGGAGAGUAUUCUUAGACGAAACUUUCACGAAAGCUCUCCAUUUAUAUAUCCUGCCAAGGUUAAAAAUACGACUUUCUUACUGGACACGUAGCUCUACCUUUCCAGUUUUCCAAUGUCUUAAACAUGUAGUAAACCCAGCUUAGACAAAGACAGAGUGAUGCCAGGAAAAUUCAUACUGCUUAAAACGAAGGCUGUGAUUUCACUAUAUGUAUUUAACAGCCACUCCACUUAUUGUAAAGUCCUUUCAUUGUGAGCCAGUUCUGGCCAGCACAUGUGGAACGCAAUAGGCAGGACAUGCAGGAGAUUAAAGAUAGCCUUUUUUUCCUCCCAUAGCACCAUAAAUAGUACAUACAAAGGAGAACAUAAAACCUCAGAUCAGAUCAGAUAAAUUUAUUUGACUGUUAAAAACGUUGGAAUUCACUGUAUGGCUCUCUCUGCUAGGACAUGUCCAAAAGAUGAACCGAACAGGAAUCAACCAGGCAGACAUCCAACCUGUGGGUAAGCGCACAGAGCAGAUUGAUAGCAUAGCUAUUAUUUAAGUCUACUGAUCUUAAAUAUAUUUGAUUUUCUGCUUCCUUUAAUAUAUUGCAGACAUAACUAGACAUAACUUUUGUGUUUCUUGAGUUUAUUGCCAAAUUUUAAGGGGUCUACAAUCAAAUUACAAUCAGAUCUAUCUGUAGAUCUGCUGAGUAGAGUCUCUACAUUAUCCAGUGUGGAAGCCAUGCUCAGCCAGUACUUAGUUUUUUUAUAAAACAUGAUUAUAAUGAUUUAGAAUAAAUCAGGAACACAGCUGUUGUACUUGUAGAUCAGGAUUGUGUGCAACUGCUUUAUAGCUUGUUGCACCAGCUCUGUUAAAGUUGUGUCUUAAAGGGAUAUUCCGGCGUAAAAUUAAUUUAAGACCAAACACACCGUAACACCAAGUUAGACACCCCCUUCAAGAGAUGAAUGUUGCUGACCGCUUGCUCCUCUAGUUAUACCAACUAGUAAUGACCCUACGAUAGCAAUACACAGCAGUCUGAGGAGCCAUAAACAAACCUCAACCAAAACGCCACUCUAUAGCCACAAAUAAUGCUCAGAACAGCACCUAACUUCAUCAACAGUACAUAUAACAGCCUCUACCCUUUAUGGUAGCCAAUCAGAAAAAAGCACACCACAAGAGCGGCAUGAUGUUGCAGGUAUCAUGAAGUUUGGACAUUGUGUUGAUAUGUUGUUUGUUUUUGUAUCUGCAGGUGUGAAGGUAUGGUCAGAUCCAUUCGGGCCUACAGGCAAGUGACGACCGGUGACGGCCUUAUCCUGUCAAAGGAUGCUGCUGAAGACGAUGAAGAGAGAACACCUAUGAAUGAAUGAGUGUAAGAGUGAAUGCUUGAGUGAGUUGUUUUAUUUUUGUUAAAUGAUGCUUUGAAAUCCUAUAAUAAAGUAAAAAAUGUGAUUCAACAUGACUCUUUGAAGGAUGAUUUACUUCAGAAACCUCAUGAAAAUGAUGUUGCCUCUUUCUCUUUUUGUCCACUAGAGGGAGCUACAUGUCUUCUCUUUUGUCCUGAAGCCUUUAAGCUUGAUAGUUUUGUUUGUGCAUUUUAGAUAUUUUGGAAAAACUUAAGAAUUUCCAAAAGCCUGGCUCUGGUAUGCAGCCUGUGGGAAAUUAUAAUAAAAUACAGUGGUUUGUUUAUCCGUCCUCUUCACAAGAAUCUGUUUUGACAUUUUAUUUUGAUUUAGCUGGUAUGAGAGUCUUAAAAAACGGUUGAGCAGAUGAGGGACAAUGUCCAGUAAUGUGCGGUAUCCUCUUCCAAAAUGGAAACAGUGGGGACAGAGUUAUUCCAGGACACAUCACUCUGUAUUAUCAUCUCCCUGUCACAGACACAGGCUUUAAUUGUUGCCCGGCUCUUUAAAUGGCAUGUGACUCUUGCUGUGUUUUGCCCAUAGGCUGAAUGAGACGGGAUAGAGCUCUACGGUUGUUCAAAAACCUCCUCGAUGCGAUCCAGACUCCCUUUACGAGUCGAAGGGUGCUGUAAAAGCAGGGAAUUCCAAAAGUACAUAUUUUUCCCUGUACUUUUGUGGUUUCCUGACAUUGACCAGCAGCCCUUUCCAGAGUUUGGUCCGUCAGAGUCCGUUUGGAGGAAAGAUGGAUUAAGAAAGAGCUAAAGCAUGUGUUUAUGGUUCUUCAGAUGGUGCGUUUUUUAAAAGUUGCCCUUAAAUCUUUCACGGCCCCCGAUCUAGCCUCUACUUUUGGACCUCAUGAGGCUCCCUGCCAACAAAACCCAACUGCACGGGCCAGCAACGGCCACUCUCCCUCUCAACCCCCCAAUCAACAAGCCCCAUUGUUUAUGAGAGGUUGUUAUUGUUGGGCCACAUUCAGAAACAAGAGAAAACUCAAGAGCCUAGCUGAGCUGGAGAGAUCCAAAGUAAAGAGAGCGAAAGGGGAGAGGGGGCCAGCGGUGGUGGUGGUGGUGGUUGAGAGGAGGAGGUGGGGGGAAAGGCGAAAAUUCCUCUCAUUCCCCGCUGGUGUUUUCCAGAUUCCUCAAGCGACGGCUUCUCGGCAGUGUGAGUGA